AUGAAAAGGUGGGAAGAGCAGCAAUUGAAUAAAAUUCAUCAGAAAAGGAUUCAAUCAGCCAGACCAGUAGUUAAUUCCCAUGCAAAAUCGCAGAAGAAUUUUAAAAAAGCAGCUUCAUGCUAUGAAACAUCGCUAUUUCCAUUAUUGAAGCAGCACUCAUUGCAGCAGUAUUAUAGGGUAGGCUAUAUAUAGAAAUUGCAAGAGCUAGGGUAUGAAGAUAAUUUAGCUGAUUUACUUAAUUUGACUGAUAGAGAGCUGCAAGACCUUUUAAUACAAAUAAAGACUCUUCCAGGUCACCAAAGUAAGUUUCGAGAAAUGCUGUCAACACUUGAAAGCAUUUAUUCCCAAGAAUCAACAAGAGCUGCCUCUAUUAGCGCUCCAAUGACAACAUAUCGGCUGAUUUCCCUUGGAGAAAGUCCUCUUUUUGACUCUAAAUCUCCUAGACAUAACCUUCAUAUCCCAGCUACCGAUUCAAAAAGAGAUGAAAUCAGAAGACUCCAAGAAGAACUAGAAGAAGCCUUAGCACUUCAGGCGAAAUUAGAAUUUGACUUAAUAAAAACACAACCACCAAUACAGCUCACUAACAAAAUGCCUGUGGAGAUCAGCAGAGACAGUUUUUUUCAGACAUCUCCAUCCUUUGAAGAAUGCAAAAACCCUUCAAGACUUGACACAAAUGAAGUAGGAAAAUCAAUGGAUUCUAUGAAAAUGAGGUCAACAAUAGCGAAUUUAGAUAUCGAAGAAGUCUGUAAAUGCUAUGCUCGCGUACUAGAAAGUCAUAUUAAACAAAACUUGCCUGUUAUAAAUAACACAAUGCCAAAUUCUAUGAGAUCUAGGCUGUUAGAGAUUUUUAAUGAUGAGCCUGAAGAAGCUGAUGAAAGCUCGAUUUAUAAUUUUGCGAAAAAUUUGAUGGCAAGAGCACAGCUGGAAAAUGAAAUCCCUAUUGUCAGCUUGGUAUAUUUAGAUAGAUUUAUAGGCAAAACUGGAAUUAGAAUGAACCAAAAUACGUGGAGAAGGAUUAUGUUCAUUUCCUUUGUAGAGGCUUCUAAGGUGUGGGACGACGAAUCUUUUGAAAAUAAUAGCUUUGCAGUAGCAAUAACAAAAUAUGAUGUUCAAGAAAUAAAUACCAUGGAAUCAAGAUUUUUGACUUUGCUGGAUUUUGAGAUGAAAAUUUCAGGAGCUGACUAUGCAAAAGCCUAUUUUAUGAGAUGCAGGUCUAAUAAUUGUGUGCUUUUGAUAGUGUGUAUUUAUCAAAUAAAAUUUGGUCGAAAAUUUUAAAUAGUGUACCUUUGGUCGACAUUUCAGGUUUUUUUUUCGGUCAAAUGUCUCCCUUUCAAAAAAGUUUAGAAAGAAUUCCCUCUAUGAAAUGUUGUACUGUUAAAUUUACACGAUCAUUUGACAUGAGGCCUAUUUUAUGUUGAGAACUUAUGCGAAUGAAAAAGACAGAUCUUUUCCAUUGAAAGCUCUAGAUGUAGAAAAAGUGCUGAAUCUCCAGAGGAAUGCUAAUAAAGCUGAGCAGCAAGCUAAAGAAAGAUAUGAAGCACUGUAUAAAACUUUAUAA